GCAUUCUGGCAAAUCAUUCGAAAAUACACAAUAAGGGCAAACAUCAUCAGUGCCCUCAUUGUUCAUCAACGUUCGUACAGUCAACUAACUUAAAGAUUCAUAUCCGCAUUCACACUGGCGAAAAGCCAUACAAGUGUAAAAUAUGUGACAAAGCCUUCCAUUCAUCAGGCAGUCUGGCAGUACAUUUGAAACUGCACAAUAAGGACCAUCAGUGUCCUAAUUGCCCUUCAAAGUUUGCCCGUUCAUCAGACUUAAAGUUACACAUCCGCAGACAUACUGGCGAAAGACCAUACCAAUGUAAAAUCUGUGACAAAGCCUUCAAAUCAAAAGGCAAUCUGGCAGAACAUUCGAAAAUUCACAAUAAGGCCAUACAGCACCAGUGUCCUAAUUGCCCUUCAAAGUUUACCCGAUCAUCAGACUUAAAGAUACACAUCCGCAGUCAUACCGGCGAAAGGCCAUACCAAUGUAAAAUCUGUGGCAAAGCGUUCACGUCAUCAAGCAAUCUGACACAACAUUCGAAAAUUCACAAGAAGGAUGAAACUCAUUAAUCUUCAUAGUUCAUUUAAGUUUGAGUUGGUAUAAGAUUGAAUUUUGUAUAUUUGUAUAACGUUUGUAUAACGAAUGAAAAAAGCAGUGAAAAAGUGAAAAGUGUGGAAAAGCGUUAUAAAAAUAAAGUGAAACUAUUUUCCGAUGAACAAACUAAAGAAGAAAAUAUUCUCAAAGGGAUU